CCCGUUGCUUCGAACACGCCUUGGUGCUGGGGUCUCAAUGGACCCGCAAGCACUCGACACCGGUUGAGUGCACUCACUCUCUGAGCGAUUCCUCUCCACGCUCCCUUGCCAGCCCCACACGCCUUCUCAGGUGCUGCGCCGCUCCUUCUGGCAGCCACAGCCCCACAGCCACAACCCCGCUUCGAGCUCGAUUGUACACAGUACCUCUCCCAGGACGCACUGGCUGAUAUUCACCACCACGGCUCAUGAGAAGAGGCGGGCGGCGCCAUAACACCGGUAUGCGAUGCGGUUGACAAGUCUCUGCCCUUCUGAAUGACGCCACCCGUCCGCUCCGUGAACCCGCAGGCCGACGUGCCCUCGACCGACCAAGGCUCCCUGCUCGCGCCCACACGGACCAGAGAUGGCCGAUCCAUGUCUGCCGCCGCUGUCAGCGUCAUGGCAGCCUCGCGCGGGGGUCAGUCAUCGUAUGCGACUGCGAAUUCCGGGCCUGGGAGCUUCAGCACGCAGUUGAAGCCUACGAUGUCGCAGGACAGCAGGUUGCGCCCGGAUAUUGAUAUGCAUGCCAUUACUGUGGGCGAAAAUGACAACACCACGAGCGAGCAGCGGCGCGCCGACCUGCAGGACCAGAUUGACAAAGAGACGAAGAUCAAGAUUGGGUCGGAGAACCUGUUGGAGGCUCUGAACGCGAAGAGUGCAAAGAACGUCAAAGAUCAGAGAGCGCAGGUCGAGGAGCAGUUGAACAUAUCGAACAAGAAGCUUGCGCAGCUCAAGGCAGGCCUGGCAACUGAGAUUCAGCGUGCCAAGGAAGUAAAGUCGCCCCCAGCCGAUCCACAGAGCCGACUGUCGUUCUUAUUCCGUCGAAACCUCUCGCGUUCGCCAUCACGCCACGUUGCGACACAGCAAGAAGAAGAAGAUGAAGAAUCCGAGUCGCCGACCUUUGUAUUGGCAGAGAUACUCCAGGCAUUGGAAACGCAAGGCAUGCAGCCCGAAUAUUACGUCGAGCGCGCAAACUCUCUUGUUCUUCUGCUCAAACGGCAUACUACACUCAAGUAUGAUUUGGCUUGGUCCAUAUUCGGCCUAAGAAUGCAGACAAUGCUCCUCAGCGAUAGUCGAGAAGUUGUAGCAGCCGCGUACCGGGUCAUGCGAUAUGCUUUUACCGACCGCAGAUCCCUCCAAAUAAUCCGAGGCUUACAGACCGACUAUCUUGUCAUUCUUUCUCUCGUCAAAGAAAGCAAAGCGAGCGUCGAGCGCGAGCAAGCACUAAAGUUUGUGCGGGCAUUUCUGGACGUCAAGGAUGGCGUUGAAGAGAUCGGGCGUGCUGUAGUCCGUAUCAUAGUGGCGGUAGCAGAACACACCGAAGACCGACUUCGCAACAUUGCAACUCUGACCCUCGCGGAAAUUCUCGUUAGGAAACCCUCACUUUUGGUUGACGCUGGUGGACUUGGUGUGCUUACAGACGCCCUGGGUGAAGGUAGCUAUCACGCCGCUGAGAGCGUUGGAUCUUCCUUGCUCUAUUUGCUAGACACACCAAGACGCCGACAAUUUCUACGCUCAGGUCGGGAAUUGGAAUCGCCGUUUGCCAUGUUUACCGAUGGAAACACGCAACUUGGCCACUUACACGAAGAGAAGCUCAAAGCUAAUGCCAAAGUCAUCGCGUCUUUGCUCAGGAGCUGGUCAGGGCUGCUAUGUCUCUGUAGGAAUGACUUCCUUCCUCUUCGGUCUUUACUUCUAUCGCUACAAAUACCGACUGUCCACACACGCAAUAUUAUUCUGGAGCUCCUUUUCGAUCUCUUUAGAAUAAAAUCGCCGUCCUGGUCUUCCUCUUUCCUUGCUGGUCGACGUCUGACAACAUAUGGUCGCGUUACGAAUAUGCGAAACGAGCCCGUGAAAGAUGGUUCCAAUGCGAAAACUGGAACUCAUACCAACAAAUGGAGUCUGUUGGACCAUUACGUUUCUGUGGUUCUGGCAGCAUUUCUGCAUGCUGGGUUGGUACCGGCCCUGCUACGUGCUGAGGAGGACCCAUUGACGCUGCAGUUGAAGCGCAAGACGACCUUACUCCUCGGUGAAGUUUUGAAGUUGGCGAACGAUCUUUUGCCAUCAUCGUGGAGCGCCCAACUCCAGGUCCUCCCUCAAUUGCUGAAGUCAGCUGCUGAAUUCGAUUCAGAAAAUCGAUUCGUUGCGAUUGGUACUAUCUACCAGGUGGACAGCGUCAAUCGUACACUAUAUCGAUCAGGAGCGACAUCCCUUCAUCCUGGUAAAGGUACUACUACGCUUGACAGUACAACGACCGAACAACCCACAAAUUCAUCCAAAGUCCAAGCCGCAAUGCAGAUGGAUGAAGGUCAAUUCCGAACUUUGAUACUCGAAAGUCAAGUUUUGAAUACGAGCAACUUCCAGAAGUGGAAUUGGAAUCUGAUCCAAACCGCUAUUGAUGGCCCUUUGCUGAAUCCGAAACGCCUUGAUGAGGCUUUGAAGGUCACUAAAUUCGUACAUCGCCUUUUCAACUUCUAUCGCCCGUUCAAGUUCCGAUUUGCCGACGUGAAGAACACGAAGCCAAAUCAGCGAUAUGUUCGUGCAGGAUGUGCACUUAUGACCAGCCUGUUGCAGAACCCGGAGGGCGCGAAAUACCUUAGUGAGAGCAAGCUUAUCCGACAGCUGGCCGAAAGUCUCUCGCACUUCGAUAGAAUGAGCGGCCUCACAUCCGACUCCCCUCUCUUUCAGGCUGACCGCAUGAGUGAAACUCUUACCGGAAGCUAUUUCGCCCUAUUAGGUGCAUUGAGUAAAGAUUCACGGGGCAUCCAUAUUCUCGAAAGAUGGCGUGUCAUCAACAUGUUCUACCACAUCAUUGAGCUCAACGGUCGCGACGACUUGAUACGGGCUCUGCUCAGCAAUUUGGAUUACACUCUCGACGGGCACCUACGUAUCAUCAUAUCGAAAGCCAUGACGUCAUGUUCGAAAGAAGUCCGCAUUUUUGCUACUGGCCUGCUGCAUAAGUAUGCGACAAAGCCAAUGCAACUGUCAGGGCCACAAGGUGUCGCAGAGUGGGCUAUCAAGUUGCUCGUCACGCAGCUGUAUGAUCCCGAUGUCGAGGUUUGCGAGGUUGCAAUAAAAAUUCUGGAAACGGCAUGCAACGAAACCGAGUCGUUGGAAUUCGUCGUCAAGUGCCGUCCUGCGUUGGACCACUUGGGCGAGAUUGGUGCACCUUUGUUAUUGAGAUUCCUGUCGACGUCAGUAGGCUACCACUAUCUGGAUGGACUGGACUACAUCACGAGAGAGAUGGAUGACUGGUUUCUGGGGAGGAACGAUGCUUACGUGGUUCAAAUCGAGGCUACCAUGGCACGAGCAUUGGCCGAUAUUCCCGAAAAGCCAUCGACAUUCUUGUCAUAUGACGAAUCCUCAGAACAGCCCGAAUAUGGCCUCGUACCAGCACACUUCUAUCGAGAACUUACCCGAACGAAGGAGGGCUGUAAGCUUCUCAAGCACAAAGGCCAUUUUGAGGAGUUUGCUGCCACCAUUCGUGACUUCGUAACGGAAGAGAACGACCCAGAAAUAAUCCUCAAGUUGAAAGGAUGUCUGUGGGCAGUAGGCAACGUGGGUUCAAUGGAACUUGGUGCCCCAUUUUUGGAAAACUCUGAUGUAGUGAAAUGGAUCGUUCAGAUAGCAGAGACUUCCGAGGUUAUGUCGCUAAGAGGUACCGCGUUCUACGUUCUUGGGCUAAUAUCAAGGAGCUUGCACGGGCAGGAGAUCCUGCUCGAAUAUGGUUGGGAUGGUGUAGUCAGUGACUCUGGUGCAGCACUAGGGUUUUGUCUACCACUGAACUUCAGAAAGCUCUUCGAGAUCAAACCCUGGGCUGCCAGAUCUGAAGACAUCAGCUGGAAACGAAAAACCGAAGUCACAGUAGCUAUCACUGACAAUGACCCUAUCAACGCACGCAUCCUCAAACUUGCAACCGACCUUGGCAAUACAGUCCUUGCCAAACGAGCCGCAAACGAUCUUCAAGCGAUCAAAGCUAAAAAGGCCCCUGGAUUCAGCAAACCCUCUAUCUUCCGAAAGACGAUGCAAAUACUUGAAGCACAUCACUUCCGUUUACCAGCAUGCCGCUUCGUUCUAGACCUCUUCGACAAACGGGUGUUGGAACAGAUUGUGCUAGAGGAAGAAGACGAAGAGAGCGAAGAGAGUAGUGAUUCAAAUCCUGAAUCCGACGAAGAGGCAUUUGCUACGUUCGGUAUCGCCAAAACCUUGUGACACAGGCUUCGGGAUCUUGCAGCCGAUUCUGAUAUCUUGGCGUUAGGGAGUACAGCCAACAUGUUACUGUACGCGUUUCCGGUAUUGCACUAAACGUACGAAGACUAGGCUCAAUGAUAGAGACUUGCAUGGGUGUUCCACGGGACUUAUU